AUGGAGGCACGAUUUCAAGCAAUGGAGGCGCGAUUGGCAAAACUGGAGCAACGGUUCGCCCAGGAGCAAAACCGCACAAGAAAACUGGAGAAAUCUAUCGGGCGAGCGUUGGACGAGGUGAUGCCCAAGGUGGAGCAGCUUCUGGCUAGGUACCACUCGCCUCCACCCUCGCGCGAAACGUCUUUUCGUCACGUUGCACCCGCUGGCGCGGCCGCCGCCACAAGUGAUGAUAGCAGCCCAAGAGACCACGUCGCCUUACCUUUUGCGGCGCCUCAACAGAAUGCCCAGCAGGACCUGCAUGCUGGCGUACGGAAAAGUAAGUCACGAGCCAAUGCUCCAGCCAGCACCAAACCGUGUGAGUGUGCUCUGGUUACUGAUGAAGAAGGACAGGCGACGGUUAGCUUCGCUCCUACCAGCGAAGGCGCUGCGCCUGCCUCCAGACCCUCGACACCGCCUCCGCCGGCAGCUUCCGGCGCGACCAACCCUCCGGCGUCGCUGCACGAGGCGGCGGAACGAGGAGAUGCGGCGGCGGUGCAGCGCUUUCUCGCCGACGGAGCUCCGGUCGACGCGCGGGACAAAGACGGCAACACCGCGCUGCACAUCGCCGCAAGCAGCGGGCGCACAGAGGUUGUCGACAUCCUCAUCGCAAACGGGGCUGCCGUGGACAGAUUUGGCUUCGGAUUACGAACUCCGCUUCACUGUGCAGCCGCCAAAGGACAUGAGACGAUCGUGGCGCGCCUGGUGACCGCCGGAGCUAAACUUGAUUCUCGAGACGCAGAUGGCACUACCGCUGCCGCCCUGGCUGCUCAGGGAGGUCACCCGGAGGUUGUGCUUUGGCUGUUGGACCGGGGCACGCCAGUGGAGGCAGCCGACAAGGAAGGGAGGACGCUUCUUAUAGUGAAGUAUGAUUUCAUAGAUGAUCAGUUAGAGAGUAUAGCUCAGACACAAUUACCCCUACCGAUUGAAAAUCUUGUUACUGAUUCUAUAAAACUCUAA